UCGUGGGUCGCGCUUAACUGAAAAAAUGUAUCGAAUUGAAAUCAAAAAUAUAUAUUAUCUUCCGAUUUAAUCCGAUCGAAAAAUUUAAAUAAUAAUGAUUUUGUAUUAUAUUGAAUCUGUGCAAUCGUUUUUUGUAUGGUUAAAGUCGGUCCUUUUUUAACUUCCCGCUAUAAAAAUUGAAAAUUUUCAUAAAAAAAGGGAUGUUAUUGGUUUCGGUUCGAUUUUCGAAUGUCGAGUUUUCUUCAGAUCUCGACGUUUUGAGGUCCUAGUAUGCUAUUUUGACUAUUUCCAGAGGGUGCCGCAACCUGUGCCUAACGGAAGUAACACGAAACUCAAACUUGCAUCGAAAGUAAAAGUGUGUAGCGACAUGUAUGAAUAAACGAACGAUAGAUAUGUAAAAGUUACGUUCGGAGAAACGUAAGAAUGAAGAACGUGAUGGAUGUGUAAUGUUCGUUCUGGUGAACGUAAUCUUUGAAUAAAGUUUCUUUCGAUAAACCGAACGUUUGGUUAAAGCAAGAUUUGUAGAAACGGAGGAACGGAGAAUAAGACAUUUGAAUAAACGCGGGUAACGGAGAACGAGACAUUUGUAGAAAUGGAGGAACAGAGAACGUGACACCUAAUGUGGACAGCUCGCGGAAAGAAUCAUCGUUGUAAAAUAAUUAUGGAUUAUUACCAUUCUUUAUUCAAUUUUUAUACUAAUCUGCAGUAUAAUUUUUACAAAUCGUAAAAUUUACAAUACUGAUUGUGAGAACCUGUAAAAUAAUGAAUUUUCCAUUAAUAAUAGUAAUUUUUGGUUUGGAUUGUAAAUUUCUCAAAAAGAAAGUAAUUUUUAUUUGACGACUAUAAUUAUUAGCUAAUUUUGAGUUGCGUUUUUUUCCGUGUACUGCAUCCAAAUCUGAAAUUUUUAUCACAACUUCUUGUCAAUCGAUUAUUCAAACAUGUUUAGUUUUUUCAAACUAUAAUUGUCAAGAAAGAUUUAAAAAAAAAAGAAAAACACGGCAACGUAACGGAGAAAUCACAUUUUAUAAUGAAUUUCCUUGAUAAAUCGACCAUGAGGACAAAUACAAUAGCUAGAUUUUAGACAAAUCCACCCAAAAACGAGAUUUUUAAUUUUCAUAGCGGGAAAUUGAAAAAUACUGCAAAAUGGAAAAACGUAAUUCUUUUCAAUUAGUAAUAAAUUUAUAAAUUUAUCAUAGUUAAUAAAUGAAUAAUUUUAUUAAUAGACAACGAAUCAACACAAUAAUGUACAAUAUAUAAAAUGAAAAGAUAUUACUACCGAAAUGAUAGUACACUUAGAUAAAAUUCAAGUACGAGUUUUAUUGCAUUUGAGGAGUAUUGAAUUUCACGGGGCGUUGAGCAUAAAUUCUAUAUAGGCAGUAUAACACAAUUAAAUCAGUCGCUAGUUCAUGUUAUUAAAAUCAUGUUAAAAAUAAUUAUUAUUCUUAUUUUAAUUAUUAUUAAAAAAUCGACUGAAAGCGAUUAUGAACCCACCUGUAAUGAUAUUGAAAGUAAAUCAGCCGAUUUACAAUUAAGAAGACACUUAUUUUGUGAUUAUGACCCAAAUUUACGUCCCAGUUUAAGUGCACACAGUACUUUAAAUGUUGACGUUCGUUUUAUUCCUAAAUUCGUUGAUUUUAGUGAUAUUUCUAAUAGCAUUGAUUUUCAUACGUGGCUUAUACUCACUUGGGACGACGUACAUCUUCAUUGGAAUCCAGAUGAAUUUGCCGGUAUUACUCUUCAUCAUGUAAAAAGUAAUGAAAUUUGGAUUCCUGACUUCACUGUUUUUAAUUCAGGAGAUUUAAGUUUAGAUCAAAGUAAUAUACCGUUGACUGAUUGUAUUUUAUCAAAAAAUGGCACGAUUCAAUGUGCCAUCUCAAAAGUCUUUACAGCUCAUUGUCCUGCUGAUUUUUCUGAUUGGCCAUACGAUAAUCACAAUUGCACUUUACAUUUUGGAUCUUGGCUGUAUUUUGGCGAUGAAAUUAAUUAUCAUUUCGAGGAAGAUGCGAUUUUGAUGGAUGAAUUUGUUCAGAGUCAUGAGUGGAAUGUAAAAAUAGGUAACCUGACAAAAUCGUCUGAAAUAUAUGAGACUUCAUUAGAUUCAAUGGUAUUUAUGAAUGUUGAAAUUCGAAGACGUUCAACCAGAGGCAUUUUAAUUUACAUAACACCAGCAAUUGUUCUUAGUAUUCUUACUGUAUUAGCUCUAUGCCUUGAUUUUAGUUCUCCAGAACGAACAACAUUAAUAAGUACUAAUUUUAUAUGUCACAUCUAUUGUAUUUUCGAUUUACAUUGGUAUUUACCAUCAAAUAAUGCGGUUGGAUCACCGAAAAUACUUAUUUUCUACGAAACAUCUUUGAUAAUUACUGCAUUUACAUUUAUUUUUUCGGCUUUCAUGCGCAAAAUUUACGCGCUUACAGUUCCAACACCGCAAUGGAUUGUCUUUACAGUUAGUUUUAUUUAUAAUUGUCCGAUUGGUCAAUAUUUAAAAAUUAAAAGUCUCUGUAAAAAAGAAGCAAAUAUUUCAAAUGACACUGAUAAUCAAACUGAGCAAUUAGAAAAUAAUGACACUUUGUGGAUGGAAUGUGUAAAUUUAUUGGAAUUGUUGGCUUUUGUUUCUAUAAUAAUUACAUAUAUCAUUUUACUUGGACUUCUUACGCCAGCUACUCCACGUAAUAUAAUAGAACUAUAUGUUUUUUAGAAACUUUGUCCAUUACUAAUUGUUAAGUUUUUAAGCAUAUAUAUUUUAAAUCAGUGUAAUUGUUAUAAUUGACGACUAUCAUCAAUGUUGUAAUAAAAAUAAUAUAUGCAUAAAAUUAAAUAAU